UUGGCUAUGGAAGGCUCCAAUGGCUUUGGGAUUGACUCCAUUCUCUCCCACCGAGCGGGCAGCCCCGCCCUUCCCAAGGGGGACCCCUUGCUUGGGGACUGCCGUUCACCCCUGGAGCUGAGUCCACGCUCAGAGAGCAGCAGCGACUGCUCUUCGCCAGCCUCGCCGGGAAGAGACUGUCUGGAGACCAGUACCUCGCGGCCCGGUGCGGCAUCUGGCCCAGGUUUGGACUCUCACCUGCAGCCGGGGCAGCUUUCAGCCCCAGCCCAGUCGCGAACCGUCACCUCCUCCUUUCUGAUCAGGGACAUCCUUGCUGACUGCAAACCUCUCGCGGCCUGUGCACCCUACUCUAGCAGCGGGCAGCCUGCAGCCCCUGAGCCUGGGGGCCGCCUUGCGGCCAAGGCCGGGGAGGACUUUCGCGAUAAGCUGGACAAAAGUGUCAGCAGCGCCUCGUCGGACUCUGAAUACAAAGUGAAGGAGGAGGGUGACCGCGAGAUCUCCAGCUCUAGGGACAGUCCCCCUGUGCGCCUGAAAAAGCCACGAAAAGCGCGCACCGCCUUCACUGACCAUCAGCUGGCGCAGCUGGAGCGUAGCUUCGAGAGGCAGAAAUACCUGAGCGUGCAAGACCGCAUGGAGCUGGCUGCCUCGCUCAACCUCACUGACACGCAGGUCAAGACCUGGUACCAGAACCGCAGGACUAAGUGGAAGCGACAGACGGCCGUGGGGCUGGAGCUGCUGGCGGAGGCAGGCAAUUACUCGGCGCUCCAGAGAAUGUUCCCGUCGCCUUAUUUCUACCCUCAGAGUCUCGUUUCCAACCUGGACCCGGGUGCCGCGCUCUAUCUGUACCGCGGCCCCAGUGCGCCACCGCCUGCCCUCCAGAGACCUCUGGUGCCCCGCAUCCUCAUCCACGGACUCCAGGGCGCCAGCGAGCCGCCCCCGCCGCUGCCCCCGCUGCCCGGCGUCCUCCCGCGCGCCGCGCAGCCUCGGUGAGGCGCCCUCUUGCCCCUAGCCGUGCUCCGGGGCCCCCAGCUCAGGCUGGGCGCGGGUCCCUCCCGUCGCCCCGGGGCAGGGCUGCCCGACUCCCCGCAGUGCCGCAACCUAGUGUCCCCGAGGGGGAUAAAUCCACUGAGGCUACCCCUUCGCUGCGUCCUCUCUCCUGACUGCUCCACCCCAGAGCCACUUCCACCUGCCGGAUGUACAUACGCGCCCCUGCCCACCUCCCACCCAACCCCAAAGUCCCUGCGGGCUUCCCUAAGUGCUCCCUGUCCCCUCAGCAGCAGGUAAAGGGACGCCGGUGACUGGCUCUCUCCGGUGCCCCAGCCUCGGGUCCAUCCUUCUCCCCGCGCCUCUGCGGGACAGGGUGGGAGUGUUGCUGUUCGGAGCAUCCCCCCCCCAUCUCCUUUAUUCUCCCUGAGCCCCGGGCUAGCGGCAGAGCUGUACAUACAGUGUGCAAAGUGUAUAUGAAGUUAUUUAUUCGUGACCCAUGAGCCCGUGACAGUGUCCGUGAAUCAGUGAGUCUGUGGCCUGUGCCCUCCCCGUCCUGGGUGGGACAGGAAGGGGCCGAGAGGGCUUGCCCAUGCAUCCGGGCCCCCAGCCCCACUUCCCUUCCACCCAGGUCCCGGGGCAGCCAGGCCUCUUGGGUUCUCUUUUUUAAAUGUGGAAAUAAACUUCUUACAAAUGACCAGGCGCCUGUCCGCGCUACCGUCCGUUGGUCCCCGCUCAGGCUCUCUCCCACCCCUUCCUUCAUAAGAAACUUCGGCAUCUUACACUACAUUUCCUUCCAUUCACAAAAAGUAAAGUUUCCUCUCCCUCUUGCCCCGCUCCACGGUUCCUGGGUGCUAUGGUCAUACGCAGGAGACCCCGGCUGGACUUCCAGCGCUCUCCCGGUUUCCACAUCGAGGCGAGCCUGUAGCUCUUGGCCUCUCCAUCUGAUUCGCCCUGCUUCCGCACGGGGACCACGGGCAAGGCCAGUGCCUGGCCUCCCUCUGCUGCGUGACAGGUCACGAAGCUCUCACUGAGCCGACUCAUCUGGCUCAGACUAGGGCGCCGGCAGCUGGUGACCGGCUCCGGGCGCGGGGCAGACAGAUGGACUCCGAAGCCGCUCCCUGUUGCCCCACCCUCCUCGGCCCGGCGCCCUCCGCUCUGGCUACCCGCAGCUCCUAGUCUCUAAUGCCUGGUAGGACCCCACGGGCCUUCGCGAGCUUGACGCCACAUCAGGCCACCCCUUUGCCCGAUCCAUCAUCUACUCCCCAUCCCCUUCGCCCUGAGAGAAAUAGGAGCAGGGUAGGGGGCAGAUCGCACCACCCGCCUCUGGCUCUGAGAUCUCAGGGGAGUCAGACUCCAAAUCACGUUCAAAGGGCCAAGGUCACCUCCUGACUUCGUUCGGUCUCCCGGGAUAUGGGCGCAGGUGCUGCCCUCCCCCACACCACCUGCAGCACACUGACCAACAAGAUGGAAGAAAUGCCCGGAAGUUUGGAUGCUUGCAAGCAAAGUACCCUCCCAGC